CUAAGUUUCUCCCACUUCAUCCAGUACAAACGGUACUACGUUCCUGGUGUCCGUCUAAAACGAACAGCGGAGGAUGUCUGUGACUGCUGCGUUCGCCUAGAUAUUUUGCUUCAGCAGCCCGAUAUUUCUGAGGAAGAGCGCGAGGUUGUACUACUGGAAAAGAGAACUCACCUUAACGAAGCAAUCGCUCAGCGGCGAUUCGUGUCCAACUUUGUCAAAGAUUAUACGGCUUUGCAUGCGCCUCAGCAGAUUUUACCUAAUCAGGUUAUCCCUCAUACAAUCGACGACUCUACUGUCGUUCAAAUUCAAGCAGAAGAUUAUGGAGGUGGUAUUUCGAUGCCGUACUAUGCUCUUUGUCGCCCAUCAGCAGAUUACUUCAACUGCAACCUCAUGAUCCAGAAUUUUGUAAUUGCAGACAUUACGAAUGAGCAGAACAACGUGUACUUU